ACACGGAAGAGUUCAUUCAAGGAAUUGGGAGAGAGCGAGGCGGAGAGAGACCGAGGGAGAGAGAAACACGGAGCGCGCUGCUGCAGUUUCAGUAAUUACGAAAUGUGUAGGACCAAGUGAAGACGAAGCAAAUGCACCCACUUAAAAACUUUCGUUGUGUUUCCCUGGACUGCUACUGAGAUGUCGGGAAACGAAAAACUUAAUGGAUUCUUUGUAGUUUUGUGGAUACUUUCAGCGUUCGGUGAAAACCUCGAUGACGGGUGUGGCCACGCGGUGCUGGGCCCAGACAGUGGCGUGCUGUCGUCCAGGAACUACCCUGGGACCUACCCCAACCACUCCUGGUGCGAGUGGCGCAUCCGGGCGCCGGAGGGCUCCAGCCUGGUCCUGGCGCUGGCCGACCUGGACGUGGAGUCCUGGUCCACCGGCUGCGAGGGGGACUUCCUCCGGGUCGUCAAGAUGGGCUACGGAGGGGAGCAUGACCCUACAGGAGGACAGAAGUACUGCGGCAACCUGCGCUCCAACCCCAGAGAGAUCCUGACCGCUUCCAGUCACGUCACGGUCCAGUUCCAGAGCGGACAGCACCUGUCUGGACGAGGGUUUCUGCUCUCCUACUACACAGGAGACCCCAAAGAUCUACUGACAUGCUUGGACAAAGGCAGCCAUUUCCAUGCCUCCAAGUACAGGAAGUACUGCCCGGCAGGAUGUCUAGGUGUGGCGGGGGACGUGUCUGGGGACAUAUCUCAGGGGUACAGACAUACGUCAGUGCUGUGUAAGGCAGCGCUCCAUGCAGGGGUCAUCCAGGAUGAGCAGGGAGGAUGGGUCAACGUGGAGACCCGCAAAGGCCUGAGUCAUUACCCUGCCAUCAGAGCCAAUGGGAUCCAGUCCAAGGAUGGCUCUUUGUCUGACGUUCUCUUCACCUUCGUCACUGAUGACUGUAGGAACGGUUCGGUGCUGCGCCCUGUCUCCCGUACCUUCAGCUCGCGCUGGCACAAGGAGGCGGAGCCUGGACAGACGCAGGACCGGACAGCCAAUGAGAGCAGCGACUCCUCCGGGGUGGAGGCCCCGGAGCCCUCGGGGAGGGCUGGAGGAGUGGGGGCCUUGAGGGGGCGCCCCUGGGGGGCAGGGGAGGACAACAACAGUCUGCCGUGGCUCCAGAUGGACCUGGGAGAGAAGAAGAAGAUCACGGGGAUCAUCACCAGCGGUUCCACGUCUGGCCACGUCAGGAGCUACAAGGUGCUGUACAAGGAGAAGAACCGCUGGAGAACCUACACACAGAACAGCAGCUCCGACUUCACGGUGUUGGAGGGGAACCAGGAUAGCGUCCACGACACCAGGACCAGCCUGCACCCGGCCAUCGUGACGCGCUCCCUGCGCCUCGUCCCCCUCACCUGGCACCAGCGCCUCGCCAUGGCGGUGGAGCUGCAGGGCUGCACGCACCUCGGAGUCAACGUGUCGUCCCAGGUGACGUUGGAGACCAUGCCAACCAAGCCCAAGCCACCAAUGGUAGACCAAGAGAUGACUGAGCCUGUUCCCUCCCAUGCAGACCUAGUGAAACUGGUCAUCAUCAUCGUUCCUACGGUCUUAUCUGUGGUGCUGUUAUUGACCGGGGUGUGUGUGUGCAAAAUGCUGCAGAAGAAGAAGACCAAAGAGAGCUCCUAUGGAUCCUCUGAUGUCCAGACAGGCUGUUGGAAGCAGGUGAAGCACCCCUGCACCAGACACCAGUCUGCAGAGUUCACCAUCAGCUACAGCCCUGACCAGGACCCCACGCACAAACUAGACCUGGUCACCAGCACCAUGGCAGAGUGCCAGCAGCCCCUGAUGAUCGGCAUCGGAACCGUAUCCAGGAAAGGCUCCACCUUCCGGCCCAUGGACACGGACGUCGCCAAGGACGACGGCCACGACCCGGCCACCCAUUACGACUACCUCCACACGUCCAACCAGUACGCCCUGCCCCUGACCAACCAGGAGCCCGAGUACGCCACGCCCAUCAUCGAGCGCCACACUUUCCGCAAAGACGUGGCCUUCCUCUCUGACCCGUACAGCGUGCCGGGCGCCGUGCUGCCCAGGAGCCCUUCCCACAAGGCCGCCGCGGAAGGCGGGGGCCCCAGGAGGCCAGGGGUGGGGGCACCAGGGGGCUACCAGACCCCCCAGGCGAAAGCAGACAGGGGGAGACAGAACUCGGAGGGGGUGUACGACUGCCCCAAAAGGACCCAGGGCAAGGGGCCUUCAGAGUACCAGAGGCCCCAGGCCAAGCCCUCGGCCCUGGAGAGCUACUCCAGCCCCAGGGAUUGCGUGAGGGCGGGCGUAGCCCACCCAGGAGUGAUCCCCCUCAGAACCAGCCCCAAGGGCAGCUCCGGAGGCUCGGAUCGGGGAUCGACUCGUUAGGUCUGGAGGGUACUUGACUCGCUCAGGUCAGACGAUCUGGGGGAUCUACAUGCCGGGUCUGGAUGGACUCAGAUUGGGGUGACCUCUACUGUGAUUUAUUAGCUUUAAAAAAUCCCCCAAAAAAUCUGUUAAACUGGGUAAGAUUCAUAUCUUCGAUAGUGUAUUAAAAAGAAAGUGAUUCGGGACAUUGGUUACCAAGGUCAAGUGACCGACCAGUCAGAAAACACCAUCGGUACCAUGUGCUUCCUUCUUUAUAGCUUCUUUGCCACCCCCCCCCCCCCCCCCCCUCCCCCCCUCACCAGGACCGGACCCCCUCUCUGAGCUGAAUGUGGCCAGCUGGGAGAGGGGGGAGGGGGGCUUGUGGGGGGGGGGGGGUGGAAAUCAUAAACCUGCUGCCAACCUUCCUCCCCGUGAAACGUCUGUCUUGUCAAUACAGCGAGAGCCUCAGUUGUAGGAGGGAUGGACGCGCCGUGAUGCCGAGGCUGUGCGAUCCCCCUGCAGAGCGCUCUGGACAAGACUGUCUUUAGAACAGAGGGAGGGGGAGGGGGGAUGGGGGAGGGAGGGAGGGAGAGAGAGAGGGAGAGAGGAGGGAGGGAGGGGGGGAAGGAGGAGGGAGGGAGGAAGGGGAGCUGAAAGGCUCAGUGUCUCCCUAGACGGACUCAUCUACAAUCAGGCCCUUGUGGCUGCCGUCCCAGGUGGGCCUAAUGCCAACGCCUGCGUCUCUCUCUCUCGCUCCCUCUGUUUGCUUCUGUGUACUGUAUCUAUGUCCGUCCCCCCCCUCUCUACAUCUGCGUCUGUCUGUGUCCCGUGCCCCGUCUCUCUCCGCCGGAUGCGUCCUGAGGCUCAUUGGUCAGUCUGUGAGCCAAUGACAGGACGACAGGAGGGAGAGAAACAGAGAGAGAGAGAGAGAAAGAGAUAUUUUUAAAUUCCCCAUAUGUUGUACUGGACUGGCCUUGUGCUGGAGUCUGUCUGCCUGUCAAGCUGCUGAGCCUGAAGACGAGUCCCGCUUCAGGGGAGCAGAACUAUCUGGAAACGAAUCUGGGAGAAACUGGAUCAGGACUGCUGUAGAGUUCAGUCUUGCUCGAGUCCUAAUGGGACCGUUCGGGGUCUCGGAAGACCAGCCCUACCUGAAUAACUGGAAUCCGGACUGCUUCUGUUUCGAAAUGGAUGUCGAGUUUCUGCCCCGAGAGCCCCCGCUUGGCAAGAGGAGGCUAGAAAACGCGUGUGAAUCCGCCUACGCUGCGGGAAUCACCUGGAGCCGAUGCGGGCAGCCUGUCAACACACGAGGAGACACACGCCACACGUACGCGUUUCUGUGAAACACUUCUGGCGUGUUCCUCACUGGGACUGGAGGGGGGGGGGGGGGGAGUGGGAGGAGUGGUAUGUCAUUGCAGGACUUUGUCUUAUUUGCCAAAUUAUUUUUUUUAUUUUUUGCUCUUGUCCACACGCUCUCCCCCAAUGUGUGUGGAUGACUCUCUAUCCUCCCUUCCUUGAAGAAAUCAUUGUUUAACUUGAUGAGUGCAGCUACGCUGCUCUGGUCAGUCUAGCUCAGUGACUACCUCAGUAAGGGGAGAGACUGAUAGACUCGUAUUUAUAGCGUCGUGUAUUUAAGCAUUGUGGGGUUCUUCAGGACUGUGAAGAGGUGUGUGUGUGUGUGUGUGUGGACAGGGGAGUGUGUGUAUCUGUGUACGGUUGCCUGUAAGCUGAGCCCUCAAUAAAAACCAACCAACCGAC